ACAAUAGUGUUCAGUUUGUACUACACUAAGUCAAAGACAGAGAGAGAUGGGGAACCGCUGCUCAAUUCCUGAAGGUGCUUCAUUGAGAAUUGUGAUGAUUGGGAAGACUGGAGUUGGGAAGAGUGCGGCCGGUAACACCAUCGUCGGUAAAAAGGUUUUCACGUCUUUAGCGAGUGCGCACUCUGUGACAGUGACCUGCGAGAAAGAACAAGUCAACUGUCGCAGAAUGAUCGACGUGGUUGAUACGCCUGGGAUUUUGGAUACAACUAAAAGUGCAGAGAGCAUAAGGACAGAGAUUGCAAAAUGCAUCCAGUUGUCCUCUCCCGGCCCUCACGCCUUCCUGCUGGUCAUCCAGAUUGGCAGGUUCACCAAAGAAGAAGAAAACUGCGUCCAAGCCCUGGAGAAAAUCUUUGGACCUGAGGCUUCUAAGUACAUGAUCGUUCUGUUCACGCGUGGAGGUACCACGUCUUCAACAACAAGAUUAUGUGUGACAGAACUCAAGUGGCUGAGCUGAUCAACAAGAUCGAUGACAUGGUGGCAGCAAAUGGUGGGCAGCACUUCAGUGAAGAAAUGUAUAAAGAGGCAGAGCAGACUCUGCAGCAGAUGAAGGACAGAGACACAGCAGAGCAGCAGGUUUACAACUUCUCCUUCAUGUCUGACCUGCUGCAGAGGGUCAUUCUGUUUCAGUCUAUACUGGCUGCUGCUGCACUAAACUACACCAACAACCCAGACCACUCCAUUACUGCCUCCGACUCCAACAUGAAGCCUGAUGUCUGAUGGAAACUGCCUUCAGAUCCUCUGAAGCAGAACAGUCAAAUCACAAGAUGGUCCUUGCCCUGACACUUGAUAAAUGAAACAACAGUUUCAGAAACAACAAAGACUAUGAGCAAAUCAGUAGUAAGGCGAAGAACGAAACUUUUGAUGUCUAUACUUGUCUUCCAGUUUUUGCACAUCCAACAAGAUUUUUUUUGGUAAAUCUUUUUUAAUGUAAAUUCACAAAAGGGAGAUAUACUGUAUGUGAAUGAAAUGUGACUAUUUGACCACAUUUGCACUUGUACACAUUAAUAUAAUCUCUAUUUAUUGUAUUUUGAAUUAUGGAGCAUCCACACUUUUUUGAUUCUGCAUUGUCCAACAGCUAUUUUGUGUCCAUGACACUAAUUAUUAAAAUGUAUGAAAGUGCAGAACUGGAAUCGUUAUCAAAACAAUUUCUGUAAAUAGAAAUACAGUUAAAAAUACAGGAAAAUGUAAACAAAAAUCACUAAAUAAAAAUCAGCCACAGUAAAAAUCAUGCAGUAAGUUCUGGCUCUUUUUAAUGAACCUGAUUGCAGUCAGUCUUGUGCAUACAUGUGCACUUGGCACAGUUAGUGUGAUGGUGGAG